AUGACUGCGCUGGCAUUGGUGCAGCAGUCGGUGGCCUCCUGUCCAGAUCAGCCAGCCCUACGCUUCCUGACCACAGAGAGAACACUGGGGUGCCUGACAUAUCGCCAGGUGUGGCAGCUGAGUGGCCUCAUCGCCGACCGUUUGCAGGGAGGUGUCCUGGGUGUCGCCAUUGAUGAUGGGCCAUACCUGGCACUUGCAGAGCUCGCAGGAUGGAGAAGGGGCAUGGUGCUUGUGCCACUGGACCCACAUGAUCCGGUUUCCCGCCUCUGCCAUGUGGCCAAAGAGUCGCAAGCGACUUGCCUCGUCACGAAAGACUGGGGCGACGCCAAGAAGCUCGCAGAGAUCGGCCGGGUGUUGGACCUGAGCACGGAAGUUCCCUUGAGCUCAGACCUUGCCUCGCCCGAGCCGGAAACCCUCGCGGCCCUGGAUCCGACCUCUCCGGCCUACAUGUGGUUCACAAGCGGCUCGACAGGUCAGCCGAAAGGAGUUUUGAUCUCUCACCAGGCGUUCUGCAACUGGUGCAAAGUCAAGAAUCCGCCGCAGUCCAUAUGCUCAUCAAGUGUAGUGCUGAUCGCAUCGGCCUCGACCUUCGAUCCAUCGAUCGGAGACAUUUUUGCAACCUGGGCCGUUGGGGGCACUGUGGCCGUGGCACCCCGUAUGCUGUUCUUUGCAAACCUGGGCUGGGCCAUCGACCGUCUCGAGGUAACACACGUAACCUGCACUCCAUCUCUCUGGCAGUCUCUCGAGAAUGGCAUGGACUUGCCGAGUCUCACUAGCGUUUGCCUUGGAGGGGAGCGCGCCCCUCAACCUUUGCUCGAUCAGUGGGCACCGGCCCUCAAACUGUUGAACACUUAUGGAACGACAGAGUGCACCGUUUGGCAGACCCUACGCCACAUGCUGCCUGGAGAUCGUGCGACAUUGGUGGGGCGCCCCUAUCCUGGCAAUGAAGUGCGGAUUUUCGAACGUGACGGAUUGGCACAGCAGAAGGACGACGAGGUUGGUGAGAUCGUUCAGGGCGGCGUCCAAGUGGGCAUUGGAUACCACAACCGACCGGAACUCACAGCUGCAAAGUUCGUUGAGCUCCCGAACCUGCCGGGCAGAUGGUAUCGAACUGGCGAUGGUGGGCGUCUUUUGGAUGGAGAGCUUGAGGUUAUGGGGAGGUUCGACAACCAAGUCAAAAUUCGUGGAAUGCGCGUCGAGCUUGGUGAGAUUGAGUCGGCUGUCGUGCAGACUUCGUCUGGUAUCAUCGCCAACUGCUCAGUGAAGCUUCGUGAUGGCUUCUUGGUGGCCUACUGCCAGGUGUCUGUCGAUGCGGCUGUCAUGAUGCAUGAGCCCUACUGCGUGCUGCCGGUGGUCAGCGACUUCCUUCUCACGCGUUCCAGCACGGAGCUGCCACGGCACAUGCUUCCGAGUCGUUUCGUGCUCAUGCAGCGACUCCCUCUGACGCAGAAUGGGAAGGUUGACACAAAAGCCUUGCCGGAGAGCGUGGACGUCUCCUCCACGUCGUCCUCAUCUCUGACAGCUCUCGAGCGCGUGGUGGCCAGCGUGUGGGAGGAAGUGCUGAAGCGGUCGGGAGUCGGGCCGAACGACCACUUCCUCGCACUGGGAGGGCACUCCAUGUCGGUGCUGCAGGUCUCCCGGCGCCUGGUUGCAUUGGCCACCGCUGCCGGGCAAGAUGCCAGCCCUGCGAGCCCUUUGGGCAUCAUCCUGUCCCCAGAGAAGCUGAUCCACUCGCCCCGGCUACGAAUCUACUGCCAGAUGUUGGCUCGAGGUGGCGUCCGCUUCCCAGGCACGGAUGCUUCUAUGACCGAGGAGAAGAUCAGCGAGGAGGACGUUGCGGAACUGCGGAUCAACUACGUGAAGCACAAGGUCCAGCGCGGCGAUCGAGAUCCUGAGCUGGACCAUGGUGCGUGGGAGCAAGUUCCGGAAGACACCGCCGAGCAGCUGCUCUGCCGUGCGGCUGAGGCCGGCCUCGUGCCUCUGGUACGCUUGCUGCUUCGCGAAGGGGCUCCUGUGGAAGGAGGCACCCUGCAGGGACAAUAUGCCAGACACGGCUCGACGCCCUUGAUUUUGGCUGUGAUGGGGAACCACGUAUGCUGCGCUGAAGAGCUUCUCCAGCACCGCGCACAGCCACAGCAACGGGAUGCUCAUGGCACGCCCACGCUUCUCAAAGCUGCAGAGCGCUGCGGCCAGCGGAUGGUAGAGUUGCUGCUCGAGGCCAGGGCUGAUGUCGAAGCAACGGACACAGCGAGCCGCAGUACCUCGCUUCAUGCAGCAGCCAAAGCCGGCAACCCUGCCACUGCGACCGCACUGCUCCAAGGUAAUGCUGGAGCUGAUUGGCUGGACCGCUGGAAUCGAACACCACUUCACUGGGCGGUCUUCCACGGUCAUGUGGAGGUGUGUCAGGUGUUGGUGGAAGCUGGUGCACGAACCUCCGGCACUGUGGGUGAACAUGCUGGCCGAUUCUUCAUUGCCACAGAAGCCUGCGGAAACCUUCCACACCGAGUGUUGAAGCAGACUGCAUCCUUCGUGACUCCACGGGCACUCGCCACAGAGCGAUUUCCAGAUGGCGGGCCGAUCCGCAAACUGUUGGACAGCAAAGUGUGA